CUUGCAUUCACUUCUCCUCAUGUUCUUGUCGUGGCUGCAGAGCAUUUGCAGCAUGGAUACAAUCUUUGAGAUUGGGCAGUGAUUGUGAUCCGCCUUUGUUACGUUUUCUUCGGUUGCACUCAUCAAUGCACUUCGCAUCGAUUUCAUCGACACGAGGUUCCUCAUCGUGCAAGUGGACAGGCCUGAUAAAUUCGUUAUGGCCAAUGGUGCUAUGCGGAUAGCAUGCAGGGUGCACCUCAACCGCAUUGAAAUAUCAAGAUCAUAUUUUAUGGACGUGUAGCCAGGGCUUGGUUGUCUAUCUGACUUUGCUAUCUAUGUCAACUUCGUCUUUUGAAUCCUUAAACUUGGACGAGUUCUCUUUGGAGAACCCUGUCAACUGCUCCGCAGGCCGGCGCAGCCGCUUGGUGUAUUUGAGUCGUGAUAGUGCUCACUUCGCCGAAGUGGAAGACCUUUUCAAUAAGGGAUGGCGACAUGGCAAGAAAGUCAGGCCACAUAUACAAGGAAUCUUUAAGAUCCUCUGGCCCGACAGCAAUCUUGAGCCAUAUCUACAGUACAGGAAGCAGGUGCAGGCCCACGUAAGAGCUCGGAACGAGGCAGGGAACGAGAAGUUGCUCUUCCACGGUACAAACAGGGCAUGUCUCCUGGGAGAAACGUCGAGGAACAUUCUGCUGUGUGGCCUCAAAGAGUGCUAUCUUUGUUCUAUCCUACGGUCAUCUUUUGAUAUCAAGAAAUGUGGCACGAAGAACGCUUUCAAGAGGUUUGGGCAUGGGAUAUAUACCUCUGCUUGCUCAUCUAAAGCUGAUGAUUAUUCAUGCAACUUGUCACAAGAUGCACGCCUCCGCACCUUGCUAGUCAAUCGUGUUGUAGUCGGGAGGCCAUACAAACGGUACAGGAAUGCACCUAAGCUCGUAAAACCUCCCGAUGGUUUCGAUUCCAUUACUGGUGAGAUUGGCUGGGACCUGAACUAUGAGGAAACCGUAUGCUACACAAAUGACGCUGUGCGUCCUGCAUAUCUCGUCGUAUAUGGACAUAAACCCAAAAAUUCGCCUAAGCCAAGCUUUAAGACCCUGAUGUCGACGAUAUUCAAGACACCGUUAGUCUCAUGAACCAAUGUUUGAAUUUACCCUUACAUCCAUGAUAAGCAUGGGGACGCUCGAGGGACACUGUUUAAUUAUUUAUUCGAAGCAGCCAUCUACUUUUUGUAUAAUUCCGCAGAAUGAUGAAAAUUUGUGCAAUGAAGCGUGG